CCCUGUAUAGUUGUCGAACCUGUGUAGCUAAGUGACAGUGGGUGUUGCUCCCGGAGUCUCUGGGAGGUCUCUGUAAACUGAGCCGAGCUGGGAGCGUGGCGGCGAAAGGCUGACAGAUCUUUGUGCAAGAGUUGCAGAUAAUGAUCAACUUCCAGGGAUCAGUGACAUUCCAGGAUGUGGCUGUGGACUUCACCUCAGAGGAGUGGCAGCUGCUUGACUGUGAUCAGAGAACCUUGUAUUGGGAUGUGAUGUUGGAGAACUUUAGAAACCUCAUCUCAGUGGGGGGUCCGGUUACCAAGACAAAAACGAUCUACAAGGUGGAGCAAGGACAAGAACUACAGAUGGUGGAGGGAGAGAACCCACAUUGGACCCACCCGGUAAAGGAUACCAACUGGCCUACUGCUUUGCAGUCUCAAAAUCACUGUGAAGCUGACUGCCCAUUUGUUGAUGAAUCAGAGAAGCACCAGGAAAGCGAAGACAGUUUUUUGAAUUCAGCUAUGUUCGUAUUCAAUAAAAUUCUGACCAUGGAGACACUCCAUGGGUAUAAUAUGAGCACAAGUCAUAUUGGAAAAAAUCAUAUAAAUGCAAGAAAAGUAUCAUAUAAAUGCAAAUCAUAUGGGAAGAGUUUGCAACCUACUUUAGACUUACUUAAUUAUAAUAGAUGUUAUAACGGAGAAAACCCUCAUGAAUGCAAGGACUGUGAGAGAGCUUUCAAAAAGAAGUUUCAUUUAAUUAGACAUGAAAAAAAUCAUACAAGGAAAAAGCCCUUUGAAUGCAAUGAUUGUGGGAAAGCCUAUAGCAGGAAGGCACACCUUGAAACUCAUCAGAAAAUUCAUAAUGGAGAGAGACCCUUUGUGUGCAGUGAUUGUGGGAAAGCCUAUAGCAGGAAGUCAAACCUUGCAACUCAUCAGAAAAUUCAUAAUGGAGAGAGACCCUUUGUGUGCAGUGAUUGUGGGAAAGCUUUUAUGCAUAAAACACAGCUCGUGGUCCACCAGAGACUUCACACUGGAGAGAAACCUUAUGAAUGCAGUCAGUGUGGGAAGUCAUUCACGUGGAACUCCUCCUUUACUCAACAUGUGAAAUCUCAUACACUGGAGAACUCAUUUGAAUGUAAGGAAUGUGGGAAAACCUUCAGGUAUAGUUCAUCCCUUUAUAAACAUUCUAGAUUUCAUACAGGAGAGAAACCCUACCAUUGUAUUGUAUGUGGCAAAGCCUUUGGCAACGCAUCUGUGCUUGUUACGCAUCAAAGAAUUCACACAGGAGAAAAACCUUAUGGAUGUAUUGAAUGUGGCAAAGCCUUCAUCAAGAAGUCUCAUCUCCUUAGACAUCAGAUAACUCACACAGGAGAAAAGCCCUAUGAAUGUAACAAAUGUGGGAAAGCAUUUUCCCAGAAGUCAAAUCUUAUUGUACAUCAAAAAAUUCAUACAUAAUAUUCACUUUAUGAAUAUAGAGAGCCUUAGAUAUUAAAUAAAUCUUAUUAAAUACUAGAGAUUUCAUGGUGAGGAGAAAUCCAAGAAUUAGAAUGAUAUUGAAAAGAGUAGAUUUCCAUAAAAAGAUAAUCAAUUCCAAACAAAAACCCACAAUAAUCAUUGAUUCCAAUCAUGUCCUGGAAGUGAUAAUAAAGUUUUUAUAGAAAAGAUCAGAGAAAACAUUACCUUAUAAAUCAUAGAGCAUAAAACUUGGAAAGCAAGCAUAAAUUAAAUAAUCAAGGAAUCAGUGAAGACUAUGU